AUGGGCAGGCAGGGCCAUGACAGCUCUGCUGCAGCUCCAGGGAUGCGCAUGCAGUGCUCCCAGAGCAAGAUGAGCCUGUCGGCAUCCUUUGAAGCCCUGGCCGUCUACUUCCCCUGUAUGAACUCCUUUGACGAGGAGGACGGAGAAGCGGGAGGUAAGAAGCUGCGCAGCACCAUCCAGAGGAGCACGGAGACGGGCCUGGCGGUGGAAAUGAGGAGCCGGAUGACUCGACAGGCCAGUCGGGAGUCCACGGACGGCAGCAUGAACAGCUACAGCUCCGAGGGAAACCUCAUCUUCCCCGGCGUGCGGCUGUCCUCGGACGCGCAGUUCAGUGACUUCCUGGACGGCCUGGGCCCGGCGCAGCUGGUUGGACGUCAGACGUUGGCCACUCCACCUAUGGGAGACAUCCAGAUCGGCAUGGUGGACAAGAAAGGAGCCCUGGAGGUGGAGAUCAUUAGAGCCCGUGGCCUUGUGGGAAAACCAGGUUCCAAGGCACUGCCAGCACCAUAUGUAAAGGUCUACCUUUUGGAAAAUGGGGCCUGCAUAGCCAAAAAGAAAACUAAAGUAGCAAGAAAAACCUUGGAUCCUCUUUACCAGCAGCAACUGCCGUUUGAAGAGAGUCCGGGUGGGAAGGUUUUACAGGUCAUCGUAUGGGGUGACUAUGGACGUAUGGACCAUAAAUCCUUCAUGGGAGCAGUCCAGAUACUGUUAGACGAGCUGGACCUGUCCAACAUGGUGAUUGGCUGGUACAAGCUCUUCCCUCCGUCCUCACUGGUGGACCCGACUCUGGCCCCACUGACCAGAAGAGCUUCCCAGUCCUCGCUGGACAGCUUCUCUCGGUCAUAG